GUGUGUGUGUGAGAGAGUGACUGUGUGACAUUUCGCCGCAUGAACGCGGUCCUUCUGCACCGAUUUUGCCUCUACCAAUCAGGCUCCUCUUAAUUCUCUCAAAUAUGCACAUAGGGGAAUUGGAUGGAAAAGUUAUCCGAUGGAAUGUGGAAAUCACCGGCUGCGAGCCCACGCCGUCUGUCAGACAUCAGCCCCCAACUUCGACAGUUAAAAUCCCUGGCAGUCGAAGAAGAUAUAAAGGAGGACUUCAAGUCUUCCCGCUCGGUGGAGGACAUAAAAAACGCGUCCAUCGAGGAGCGCAUCCUCAGGAUCACGGGCUACUACGGCUACCAGCCAUGGAGCUCCUCUAAACCAGUUGUGGAGAACCCGAAAAAAGAGAGAGUGGAAGUGAAGGUUGAUGGCCAUAUUGGAACAAAUGUGAUCAAUGUGGAGAGUGAAAAUAGCAAGCAGACGGUACAGUGCUGUCUGUGCUGGACUGUAGCCCACCUGAGGCAGGCACUCUGGGGUGUCACUGUGGUUCUCUGUGUCUGUUCGUCUUGGACGGGAUCCACUCAGCUGGCCAAACUUACACUCAGACAAGUCAAUGUUCCCUUCACUCUCACCUGGUUCUCUACCUCCUGGAACUGUUUCCUUUUUCCUGUACACUACCUGGGCCACGUAUGCUGGAGCAAGGACAGGCAGAGCCUUCGGCAGCGAUUCAGGGAGUGCUGUCAGUUCUUGGGUGAUGAUGGACUCUCAGUGAAAACACUGCUGUCAGUAGUGGCACCAUUUGGAGUGCUGUGGACACUCACCAGUUACUUGUACCUGCAGGGCCUACGCAGGAUCCCUGCAACAGAUGCCUCAGCUCUCUUCUGCUGUAGCCGUGCAUUUGUCUUUCUCAUUUCUUGGAUUGUGCUGCGUGAUCGCUUCCUGGGUGUCAGGAUUGUUGCAGCUAUUUUAGCUAUUGCAGGCAUAGUAAUGAUAACGUACGCUGAUGGGUUCCACAGUCACUCUGUGAUUGGCAUUUCCCUGGUGGUCGGAUCUGCAACAACAGCAGCCAUAUACAAGGUAUUGUUUAAGCUGGUUUUGGGUAGUGCCAAGCUAGGUGAGGCUGCAUUGUACAUGACUGUCCUUGGAGGAGCCAACAUGGUCUUUGUCAGCAUUGUACCUCUCAUCCUCAUCCUCACUGGAGCUGAGGAUUUUGGCUCGCCCACGGAAAUACCUUGGCAAAGUCUGUGCUAUACAGCUGCUCUACUGUUGGUGUUCAAUUUCCUGGUAAAUUUUGGUGUUUUGAUAACGCUUCCUACAUUGAUUUCUUUGAGCAUUGUCCUCAGUGUACCUGUUAAUGCUGUAAUAGACAGCUACAUGUGCGAGAUCCAGUUCAACAGUGUGCGUAUCAUUGCCAUGUCCACCAUCUGCCUGGGCUUCCUGUUGCUGCUUCUGCCAGAGGACUGGGAUCAGUAUCUGCUGCAGCUUCACACUAUGUUUUAUAACAGGAAGAAGCCACAAGAGGGAAGCAGAGACACACACAUUGAAAUACAAAAUGUUCACUCUAGCAAGACAGGAAACUGCAACCCUAAAACUCCUUAAGAUGGUGUUUGCUUCAUGUCACGAGAGGAGCUUUGCAAUCACCUCCAUGUGACUGAAAUAACAACACCUACAUAGCAAGAUAAAUCUAUGUAGGACUGAAGAUUAAGUGGACUAUGCAGUACUUCUGAUGAUAUCUAGAGACUGUCAGAACAUAAGAAAUAAGAUGAGCACUGACUGCAUCUUUUAUUUAUUGCAUCAAAGCACAAGACUGCAAAUGUGGCAUCCUGCAUAAUUCAGAGUUCUAGAUGAAAAUAAUUUAUGCUGAAUUUGUUUUUUAUUGUGAACUUAACAAAUAUAUCAUUCAGUCUUAACCCGUAUAGAAUGUUCUAAUACAAUAUUAUACCAUAUAAUGACAAUAUAUGGACUGAAAGCAUUUAUGCAUAAACUGUACAGAGUACUUAUCUUCAAUUUCAGUGCAUUGCCACAGCCUUCACACUAUUGCUUUCAUACAAAAUAUAUGCAAAUUGGUUAUCUAGAUAUAUAGUGGUAUUUAUGCCUUUUAUCUAAUUUCAAGAAACAUGAUACCCAUGGACACUCAGCAUCAAAACAAUAAUUCAGAUUAUGUAUUUUAAUAACAAUGGCAAUGUGUAUUUAUUAUAUUCCUGUGGAAUUGUGGCUCACUGUAAACCUUUGUAAGGCAUGACAGCUGUUUAUUAUUUGACACGCUGAAAAACAGAUAAAGAACAAAUAAAACACUAAAGAAUAAGAGUAUGGAACUGUGCUUCUAACAUUUAUAGUAAGUAUAUAUAAUAUACAAGGGCUUACUGAAUGGCUUGAUGAACCCAGCCAUUAGGGUUGUACAAGCCAGUGCACGCUUAGUGCCAGUCCCAAGCCCUGAUAAAUGGGGAGGGUUGCAUUAGGAAGGGCAUCCAGCAUAAAACGUGCCAAAUCACCGGAUCAGUCGGGCCCGAGUUACUAACGACCGCCACAGGUAUUGUUAGUCAACAGGGUACGGGUGGAAAUUGGGCAACUGUUGGCCGAAGGAGGAGAAGGAGAGGAGGAAGACAUCUGCAGGGAAAGGAGAAGUGUAGGAGAGUGGAUGUUUGGGGGUGGCACUUUAAAUGUUGGUAAAGGGAAAGAGGUAGCUGAUAUGAUGGAGCGGAGAAAGGUAGAUAUGUUGUAUGUUCAGAAGACCAAGUAGAAAGGGAAUAAGGAAUUAAGGAGGGUUUAAACUGUUCUAUCAUGGUGUGGAUGAAAAGAGAAAUGGUGUAGGGGUGAUCCUAAAGGAAGAGUACAGUAAGAAUGUAGUGGAGGUUAAGAGAGUUUCUGAUAGGGUGAUAAACAUGGA